AUGCUGGGGUCCCUGGUGUGGAGGAGGACAGCGCCGGCACCGGGGCUCCUCCUGCGGCUCCUUCGGGCCCGGCAGCCCAGCUCCCGCGGGGCCUCCUUGGGCCAGAGCGGGGCUGCCAUGGUCCGCUGGGAGGCGCAGUAUCCGAGGGCUGCCACCGGGGGGCGGUCUUCGGCGCAGCCUCAGUAUCUCGGAGCGGUCUCCUGGCGGAGCGGGGACGGGCAGCCGCAGGGCUUCGGGGCGGCCACGUGGGGGCGUCUUCCCGUCCCCGAAGAAAGCCGCUGGUCGGGCCGCUGGAGCGGAGUCCCGAACGCGGCCGGACUGGGCGUGUGGGCCUUGGCGUCUGCGCUUGUUGCUCAUUGCUACAGCAAGAGCCCCGCCAAUAAGGAAGCCGCCCUGCUGGAAGCAGCCAGGACCAACAACGUCCAAGAAGUCAGCAGGCUCUUGUCCGAAGGUGCCAACGUGAACGCCAGGCACAAGCUGGGCUGGACAGCCCUCAUGGUGGCAGCGAUCAGCAGAAACUAUAGUGUCGUGCAAGUCCUGCUAGCUGCAGGGGCUGAUCCCAAUCUAGGAGAUGAAUUCAGCAGCGUCUACAAGACCGCCAAGGAGCAGGGUGUCCACUCCCUGGAAGAUAGGGGGAAGGACAAUGCAGCCUCGAACAUCCUUUGCCAGUGGACAAAUGCCCUGGAGUUCAGGAGGUGGCUGGGAGCCCCCACUGGCGUCCUGGUGACCCGAGAGGAUGACUUCAACAAUCGACUGAACAACCGGGCCAGCUUCAGGGGCUGUACAGCCUUGCAUUAUGCCGCCCUGGCUGAUGACUACCGCACUGUAAAAGAGCUGGUGGACGGAGGAGCCAGCCCCCUGCAGUGUAAUGAAAUGGGUCACACACCAAUGGACUACGCCCGGGAUGGAGAGGUCAUGAAGCUCCUGAAGGCCUCAGAGACCAAGUACCAGGAAAAGCAACGAAAGCGUGAGGCUGAGGAACGUCGCCGCUUCCCUCUCGAGCAGCGCCUAAAGGAGCACAUCAUUGGCCAGGAGAGCGCCAUUGCCACAGUGGGAGCAGCGAUCCGGAGGAAAGAGAAUGGCUGGUACGACGAGGAACACCCACUUGUCUUCCUUUUCUUGGGAUCAUCAGGGAUAGGGAAAACAGAGCUGGCCAAACAGACAGCCAAGUAUAUGCACAAGGACGGCAAGAAGGGCUUCAUUCGACUGGACAUGUCUGAGUUCCAGGAGAGACAUGAGGUGGCCAAGUUCAUCGGCUCCCCACCCGGCUACAUCGGCCAUGAAGAAGGGGGCCAGUUGACCAAAAAGCUGAAGCAGUGCCCCAAUGCUGUGGUGCUCUUCGAUGAGGUGGACAAAGCCCAUCCAGAUGUCCUCACCAUCAUGCUGCAGCUGUUCGAUGAGGGACGCCUAACAGACGGGAAAGGGAAGACCAUUGACUGCAAGGAUGCCAUCUUCAUCAUGACAUCCAACGUGGCCAGUGAGGAAAUUGCCCAGCAUGCAUUGCAGCUGCGCCAAGAAGCCCUGGAGCUUAGCCGAAAUAGGAUUGCUGAGAAUCUUGGGGAUGUCCAGCUGAGCGACAAGAUCACCAUCUCAAAGAACUUCAAGGAAAAUGUGAUUCGACCAAUCCUGAAGGCUCAUUUCCGGAGGGAUGAGUUUCUGGGCCGGAUAAAUGAGAUUGUCUAUUUCCUUCCCUUCUGUCACUCGGAGCUUAUCCAACUGGUCAACAAGGAGCUGACAUUCUGGGCAAAGAGAGCCAAGCAGAGGCAUGAUAUCACACUGCUUUGGGACCGAGAGGUGGCAGAUGUGUUGGUAGAUGGUUACAAUGUUCAUUAUGGCGCCCGUUCCAUCCGACAUGAGGUGGAGCGCCGAGUGGUGAACCAGCUGGCAGCUGCGUAUGAGCAGGACCUGCUUCCAGGGGGCUGCACCCUGAGAAUCACAGUGGAAGACUCGGACAAGCAGCUCUUGAAGACACCUGAGCAUCCGUCACCCCAGCCGGAGAAGCGACCCCCCAAGCUUCGGCUGGAGAUCGUGGACAAGGAUAGCAAGAGCCGCAAGCUGGACAUUCGGACGCCCCUCCAUCCCGAAAAGGUUUCCUGUACACUCUAGUGCUGAGGAUGGGCCUGGCCCCGACCCCUCUCCUCAGCAAGGCUGUACCGCGCCCCAGAAAACAAUAAAUUCUGGUCAGAUGUGGCUCCUGAGACCAGGCCCCUGGCCCCCAGAGGACCAGAGCCCAGCUAAUUCCUGUGGCAGCCAGCUCUUGAGAGACAGGAAAGGGGGUGGAGAAGAUGCUCCUACUGGAAAUCUUCCUGCCUGUCCUCUCAGUUCUGGGUAGGGACAGUUUAUUUGCACCCUUUCUAGACUCGGGAUUUAUUUAUUUUGAUUCUUCACCCAGGACAUCCAUGGCCAGGUUCCAGCCUUCACCACUGAACAGUGGAGCUGCUGAGAGGAUCCCAGCCAGUCUCAUCCCCCUCCCCAUUGUCAUAGAGCCACCCAAGGGAAAGCCCCAGUUGAUCUCCCCACCCUCCCCCAUGGCCUUCAUCUGGGGCUCUCAGGGACCAGAGAAAGAUUAGGAAGCAUCCCAGCUUAUGCUUGCUCCUGCUUUUCCUCCCCCAUCCACUAGUACCACCAGCCAUACAGGCAAAUAGAGGCCACACUCCUGGCCAUUAGUUACUGUGUGUACAGCCAGUGCUGGAGCCUGAGCUUUCUGGGGACCCAGCUAGAGGGUCAUGGGGCAGAUAGGAGGUAAGGCGAUCCCCACACCACCUAAAGGCCUUCAGAGAUGGGGUCUUGACCCAGUUAAGUUGCCAGGAAACCCUUUCCUCAAGGGUCUCGGGAAAAAUCAGCAAAAUCAAGUCAACUAACCUGGCCGGUUGUCCAGACAGCUCUCUCCCCAAAUCAGAUGAGCUCUGAGUGGUGCCUUGCACAGAGCUGACCCUGGCACCAGUGUGAGAAAGGGCUCGGUGCCAGCCCAGUGCCAGGGUGCAAGAGUACCAGAUUUAUACUUCAUCUUCCCCCAUCCUUGGGACAGCUCGGGGCUCCUGCACUCUGAAUGAGAGACAAUGUGGAGAGGCGGAAGGCAGGAGAGCAAGGAGGGAGUCUGAGGGACUGGGAGACUGGGCAUGGGUGAGGAGAGAGGAAGGGACCAGAGAGAUUGUGUUGAGUGCGACGCGAGUGUGUGACGAGAGAAUCAGGGACGACAGAGACUGGGGGCAGCCUGGGAUUCAGGGGUGCCCGUCUCUGCUCUUGUCUGCGCUGGGUCUUCCUGAAAUAAAUGUGUUCCAAACGCA